AUGAGUGCGCGCAGUCUGCCCGCGGUGACACAGUCAUGAUGGCCGCUGUGCGUCGGUUUCUGGCUCUUCGAAACAAGUUCACCAGCUCUACAAACGGGUUAAGCCUAUACUUUAACAGCAGGCAGUCAUCGAGGGAAAGAACAGUCCUGAGGCGUGUAGGGACAGGGCUGUGUAUCACUGUCGGCGGAUUCGCUGUUGUAUACUACAAUUCGAGUCCGGAUCGGGGGCACGCAGCUAGUCUUUCUCCUCUCCCAGCCGUGGCUGCAAAAGAGAAGGCCAGUGCAUCUGCUGAAGAUGAAGAGGUUUCGAUGUCAGCUCAUGAGCACAGGUUCAGGCUCUUCAGUUCACUGGAGUAUGAUGGACAGCUUUACAUGACUCCCCUCGACUUUAUCGAGUCUGUCACUAUGAGCGAACCAAAGAAAAAGAGGUUUUGGAGAUCCCUCACCAAACAGGAUCUAGACAAGAUUCUGUCAGAUACGCCACCUGUUUGGAAAGGAUCAUCCAGUCUGUUCCGAAACCUGCGGGAAAGAGGUGUCAUCGCUUACACAGAGUAUCUGUUUCUGCUUUGCAUUUUGACAAAGCCGCAUGCAGGUUUUAAAAUAGCUUUCAACAUGUUUGAUGCAGAUGGCAAUGAAAUGGUGGAUAAGAGGGAAUUCAUGGUGUUGGAGGAGAUAUUCCGUAGGAAAAAUGAAAAGAAAAAAGAGCGGGCGGGAAAUCCUGACAGUUCCUCUCAACUGAGUGUGGAACUGUAUGGACAUCAAGGAUCUGUUACCAGCAAUGUACUUAAAAAAGAGCAGCCUCAGUCUGAACCCAGAAGUUUCUGGGAUGUUCUAAGGCAUGGUGCGAGAAUAGUUCUCUUUUCAGAUCUGAUGGAGGUACAAGUAUCCUCGACCCCACAUGUUUUCUCAUUUGAAUCUCAGAAUUCCCUUGGUCAUUCCCUGUCCCCAUCCCAUCACGAAACAGAAAAUGUCAUUGACACAACUCUGCUGGUGCAUUUCUUUGGAAAAAAGGGCAAAAGUGAACUUAACUUUGAUGACUUCUACAGAUUCAUGGACAACCUGCAGACAGAACUCCUUGAGAUUGAGUUCCUCAGUUAUUCCAAGGGAAUGACCACCAUCAGUGAGGAAGACUUUGCUCGUAUCCUGCUGCGCUACACCACAGUGGAGAACAUUACAGGCUAUCUUGAGAAUGUGCGUCAAAGCAUACCCGAUGAGAAGGGCAUCAUGUUUGAAGAGUUUAGGUCCUUUUUUCAGUUCCUCAACAACUUAGAGGAUUUUGCAAUUGCCAUGCAAAUGUACAACUUUGCAAAUCGCCCAAUUGGACAAGAUGAGUUUGCACGUGCGGUCUAUGUGGCCACUGGCCUGAAGCUGUCACGACACCUCGUCAACACUGUUUUCAAGAUCUUUGAUGUGGACCAUGAUGACCAGCUCAGCUACAAGGAGUUCAUUGGGAUAAUGAAGGACCGGCUGCAUCGUGGCUCCUGGGGAUAUAAAGGUGAAGAGAGAUUCACAUCCUUUAAAGCCUGUAUGAAGAUGGAGCUCGCUGCCAAAUAGGUGAAAGUCCCGUUGAGUGUUUCUCUUCACCCUCACAUCACACUGAAGAAAUCUCAAGUUGGAUUAAAGCUCUCAAGUAACUCGAUGCAAUUUUCUACCUGACCUGUGUCAAACUAUGUAAGAUACAAAUACAGCCAGAAUUAGAUUUACACAUGCUACCUCCUUAGAAUGUAGUUGCAACUUUGUCACUCGGCUGGCACUUUCUGAACUCUUUAAAAGCCAUUAACUAAAAGGGAUAACACUUAUGAAUGAAAUAGCCAUAAUACUUUUAUUCAUCAAAGUUAUUUAUUUAU